UCUCUCUCUCUCUCUCUCUCUCUCUCUCUCUCUCUCUCUCUCUCUCUCUCUCUCCCCGUCUCCUAUCCCACGGCACAAUCCUCCACCGCAUGCUUCAGUUCAGUCCCUUCUGAGUCGCCGGUGCGGUAGUUGCUUUCUUGAGACGCGGAUUGAGAUGUGACUUCAAACGGUGGAAUACGACGUCGUUCCAUCCUAGCUUCGAGUUUUUUUUCCCCCCACCAAUUUUCUUACGAGGAUACUUGAAGUGGAGAAGCGGGAGAUGGCUGUCGCCUCGCCCGCCACCUGGGCUGCGGUGGCACUGUGCUUGAUGUCUACAGCGUAUGCGGUGGAAGAGACAGUGAUGGAUACAAGGACAGCAACAGCUGAGCUUGGCUGGAUAUCGUUUCCUGCCAACGGGUGGGAGGAGGUGAGUGGCUACGACGAGAACCUCAACACCAUCCGCACGUACCAGGUGUGCAACGUGUUCGAGCCCAGCCAGAACAACUGGCUGCUCACCACCUACGUGGACCGGCGGGCGGCCCAGCGCGUCUACGUGGAGAUCCGCUUCACCGUGCGCGACUGCGCCUCCAUCCCCAGCGUGCUGGGCUCCUGCAAGGAGACCUUCAACCUGUACUACCUGGAGUCCGACCACUCGCUGUCGGAGGGCCGCGGCGUCGAGUACUGGACCACCGCACCCUUCCUGAAGGUGGACACCAUCGCCGCCGACGAGAGCUUCUCCCAGGUGGACUUCGGGGGCCGGCUGAUGAAGGUGAACACCGAGGUGCGGAGCUUCGGCCCACUGUCCCGGGGCCGGGGGUUCCACCUGGCCUUCCAGGACCUGGGCGCCUGCAUGUCCCUCCUGGCCGUCCGCGUCUUCUACAAGAAGUGUCCCAGCGUGGUGCAGAACUUUGCGUUCUUCCCUGAGACGCUGACGGGGGCGGAGUCGACCUCGCUGGUCAUCGCGCGGGGCAGCUGCAUCGCCAGCGCGGAGGAGCUGGACGUGCCCAUCAAGCUGUACUGCAACGGGGACGGCGAGUGGAUGGUGCCCAUCGGGAGCUGCAGCUGCAAGGCCGGCUACGAGCCCGACAAGGCCAACGUCUGCCAAGCGUGUCCUCAGGGCACCUUCAAGUCCUUCCAGGGGGCCGGGCUGUGCCAGCAGUGCCCGCCCAACAGCCUCUCCACUGCCGAGGCCGCCACUAUCUGCGGCUGUCGCAACGGCUAUUACCGUGGCGACGUGGACAAGCCGGAGGACACCUGCACCAGUGAGUCGCUUUGUGUGCGUGUGUGUGUCACUUCAUUCUGUGUCAUCCUGUCUCUCUGCAUUAAUGUCUCUGGGUCGCCGUCUCUCCCUCUGUCGGCGGGGGUGAACAGCUCGGUGGUCCAGAGCGGGGGUCCGGGUGCGGUGCUGGAGGGUCUCCGGCCCGGGACCGGCUACCUGGUGCAGGUGAGGGCGCGCACGGUGGCCGGCUACGGAGCCUUCAGCAAGGAGAUGCUGUUCCACACGCUGACCGACGAUGAGUAUAAGUCAGAGCUGGGCCAGCAGCUGUCCCUGAUAGCCGGCUCUCUCGUCUGCGGAGUUGUCAUCGUCUCGCUGGUGGCAAUAGCGAUCAUAUGUACCAGGAGAAGACAGCUGAAGGAGAGUGUGUACGGAGACAAACUCCAGCAAUACACCACAGGUGGAGAGGCCAACCUGAGGCCGGACCAGUUCAGCGGAGAGGCCCCCACCGUCACCUUCCCCACGAUGUCCGACGGGCACAGCUCCCCAGGGGUCAAGAUAUACAUCGACCCCUUCACGUACGAGGACCCCAACGAGGCCGUCCAUGAGUUCGCCAAGGAAAUAGACCCCAACUGCGUCAAGAUAGAGGAGGUUCUCGGAGCAGGUGAGUUCGGUGAGGUGUACAAAGGCCGUCUGAAGCUAGUAGGGAAGAAAGAAUUUCCUGUCGCCAUCAAAACACUGAAGGCGGGCUACUCCGAGCGGCAGAGGCGGGACUUCCUGUCCGAGGCGUCAAUCAUGGGCCAAUUCGACCAGCCCAACAUCAUCCGCCUAGAGGGGGUGGUCACCAAGAGCCGGCCCACCAUGAUCAUCACAGAGUUCAUGGAGAACGGCGCACUCGACUCUUUCCUGAGGCGAAACGACGGAACGUUCCCGGUCAUCCAGCUUGUGGGAAUGCUGAGGGGCAUCGCAUCCGGCAUGAGGUACCUGGCGGAGAUGAGCUACGUGCACCGUGACCUGGCCGCCCGGAACAUCCUGGUGAACAGCAACCUGGUGUGUAAGGUCUCGGACUUCGGCCUUUCCCGCUACCUGGAGGAGGACACCUCCGACCCCACCUACACCAGCUCCCUGGGGGGUAAGAUCCCGGUGCGCUGGACGGCCCCGGAGGCCAUCGCCUACAGGAAGUUCACGUCGGCCUCAGACGUGUGGAGCUACGGCAUCGUCACCUGGGAGGUGAUGUCCUACGGAGAGAGGCCGUACUGGGACAUGAGCAACCAAGACGUCAUCAACGCCAUCGAGCAGGACUUCCGGCUGCCCGCCCCCAUGGACUGCCCCCUGGUGCUCCAUCAGCUCAUGCUGGACUGCUGGCAGAAGGACCGCAACGCCAGGCCCAAGUUCCCCGACCUGGUCAGCAUGCUGGACAAGAUGAUCCGCAACCCCGCCUCCCUCAAGACCGGUGGCAGCACCGUCCCCGCCGGGCCCUCCCCGCAUGCCCUCCUCGACCGAGGGGCUCCAGACCUGAGCGGCGUCAGCUCUGUGGAGGACUGGCUGAGCGUGCUGAAGAUGACCCAGUACAGGGACUCCUUCAUCGGGUCGGGCAUCAACUCCCUGUCCCUGAUCACGCAGCUCACCACGGAAGACCUGCAGAGGCUGGGGGUGUCCCUGGCCGGGCACCAGAAGAAGAUCCUGACCAGCGUCCAGUCCAUGAGGGACCACAUCGAUGACCAGUCCCCGACAGAGUCACUGUAACGCACUAACCCAACGGGAUCAAUGCGGCUCCCUUUGGAACAUUACAGUACAAUGCAGAAAGCAAUCAACUGCGGACGACUUAACGGACACUUUGAGCACUCGUGGACGCCCUCACCCGAACCCAAAGUCUGUCCAAAUCCAUUCUGACAGACGUACCCAUCACAAAUCGGUCAUAUAUGCACAGGCUGCUGGCUGAAUUCAGAGUAUCUCAAUUGAAAGUGGAAAUAAGGAUUUUCAAACGGCAGCUGCGGUCCAUAACCUUGAAGCCACUAUUCCCCCCCCCCCCCCAUCACAAACACACAAGGGGUUUUCUGCUCAUACUCGAAUGGUCCAAAUAUUACUGUGAAGAAGUAUACUAUAUGAUAGUAACUGUAUAUGAACAAACUGUCCGGCAAUACACAGGGAAGCUUCCUCAAUCUGUGAGGCAGUACCAAAAGAAAAAAGACAAUGACCCUGGACUUUUAAAUAUUUGAACACGACUGUAAACAUGUUUGGGUCACAGCGAAAGAAAAUCCACAUCAAGACUCGGACAUAGUUCAGGCAGAAAUGCCAAUCUCUAUUCUACAGGGACACAAGACCUAUAGUACGGUCGGCUCUCAAAGCUUCCACGCACCAAUAAGACCAUUCUAGUCUUCAUAUUGAAGAGUCUGUAGAUAUUAUUAUAUGGGAAGUUCCCAUGAUGCUUUGUUUUGCUUCCAUUUUGAAAAACAGCUGAGGAUAAAUCAUCGUGGCUGAAAUAUUUGUCGGUUCUGUGUCCCAUGCUGCUGGCUCCCUCGGACUAACUCUUCCCACCAGUGACCGUGCUCUGGAACAAAACACACCUUGUUUCAUGAUUCUGUGAUUUGUGCUUUUUCAUUGACACCAAGGACAAUUCUUCUUCGUCUCGCCUGGGAGAUGAUUCAGGAGAAACUGUGUGCAACACGUUUUACCUUCACAUUAACAACAUCAAGCACACAACAAACACUUGUCUGAGACAGUGCCCUCUUGUCUGUGGAGAGAUGUUCGUACCCGUCAGACAAAACCGAAGGCUGGAACCAAAACAAUACUUUGAUGUGUGUCACGAGCGUCGCUACGCUACCUAACUGUCAAUCUCUGUUCCUCGACCUAUCAAUUGACAUGCCUAUCAACCUACCUAACAAUCUGAAUCUACGCAUCAAUCUACCUAUAUUUCCAUCUAUCUUCUUGGCACUGGCUUUGAUCAUUCCCUGAAGCCAUGAGAUGGUGAAAUGAUCAAGAAUUAACGUUUGUCUCGUCAAGGGGAUAGAAUGAGAGCAGCCUGUUCGCCCUUUUGCGAUGCACCUUCCUCCCCAUGUCUUCCUGACGACAAAAUGCUUCAUAAAUGACUUUUUUUUUUGCUGAGACGUUUUGAUUAGUAUCCAGAAAUGUGAAAGAAACCAAGCAACGUUGAUAGAAACGAUAGUGUUGAGAAAAAUAAUAACAUGGGUGGAAAAUAAGCUGUAUUUACCAUCUCAUAUUCUAUUUGCUCUUUGGCACAGAUUGCCCUCUCAGUCGAUCCAUCUUCAUGGGAGUGAGACUAGGUUAUUAAUCACUGAGAUAUCUCAUAGUAGAUAUUGGGCUCCAUUCACACUCAUCCAGUACAGAUAAUUCAUCUUGGUUCCAGCCUCAGCCAGGGGGAUCUGUGCGUGUGUGGCUUUGGUUGUGACCGGGAUUACAUUGUUCACAUGGCAGAAAUAUCAGCAUUUAACAUUUUGCAUUUAAAUACUUAACUAUUGCAUGACUCCUGUUGGAUUUAAGGUUGUGUUUCGUGUUUGUCAGUUACAAUACGCCCCUGGAAAACAAGGAGAACGCCAAAGUGAAAGACAGUGUGUGACUCGUGUGAGUCGAUAAAUGACAGUGAGAGCUUUGGUUUCACAUCCCCAGCAAUCCGAUUGUCACUUUUGGCCACAAACUCUGCUCAGCCAAUAUUGCUUGAAUUGAAUUUGUUGCCAGGCAACACUAGCUUAUUGAACACAUUAAAGUGCGCAUCGAGAACCACGGGGACCGUGUCAGCGCAUCAGCGGAAUAACUCUGUAAACAGAGGGCUCGGGAGAAGGAGCUCCAGCUCGGAGGUUUAAUAACCGGCGUGACAACUCGCGCCGCCCGGAAAACUCGUAUCGUCUUAGAAACAUUUGAUACCUGAUGGGACUUUUUAAUGUCACAUGCCUUGUGAUUGGCUUGGAUUGGAUCCUUAGUGUGUUUGAGGGGGGGCUAUGCUUAAGAAAGCAGUGGGGGAUAGUAUUGAUUUAUGUUUCUGAAAAGAUUGUAAACUUGAUAAAUGAUGCCCUUGACAUGAAGGAUGAAAUCAUGAACAUCAUUCCUGUAUUCAUUUUUGUGGCUUGUCUUGUUUAUACUAGGGACAGAGAAACACAAGUGUGUGUGUGUGUGUGUGUGUGUGUGUGUUUGUGUGCGUGUCUUUGCAUGUGCGUGUAUGUGCACGCACACAGGAUAAAUGGGAUAAAACGGGGUAUAUAAUUAAUAAAUGCAUACAUCCCUUUAGGAUUUGCCAAAAUUAAGUGUUUAAGGAUUUUUUCGUAUUUCUGAUUGAAUGAUGGUUUUUGAUUCUUCUGAUGAGGUUUAUGUAAGAUUGCUCAGGGACUAGAAGAUUUACCCUAUUGGGAAAUCCUGUGUUGCUUUUAACGGUUAAAGUGUUCAAUUGUGGUCAGCAUAUUAAGUUCAUCAAUGUAUUAUUUCAAUAUUUCUUUCUUUCUAUCAAACAAAUGGAUUAGAAAUGGGUAAAGAAAAUUGCACAUUACCAAUAUGACAAAUUAAUCGUGACAUCAUUGAGAAUUGCGCAUGUGAAAGACCAGACAUGUAUAGCCUUUAUCCUUUCCCUCAGCCUUCCUGUACCAUUUGUCUAACUAGUGUCUAUUGCCAGAAAACACUGUUGAUUCUCUCUGGAAAAUGACUUAAACAAUGUAUUCAGGCAGGGCAAAGAUAUCGGAAUGUGGCUUCCCAAGCUCACACUGGGAAGCUGACUGCACAACUUCCAUGGACAUGAUCAGCGGUCCGAUUUCUUUACAUAUUUAGCUUGGAUUUCUCUAUAAAUGGCUUUGUGGUUAACUGAAAAACGCCUCCCCUCAUUAAAUGCAGCCGGUGUAAUAUAGCUGGAUCACUGGGCGGUGGAGGCCACGACGGAGGACGGAAGAGGGAGAGAGGGAAGAAAUAUGAAUAAGUGAGACGCAGGGAGACAGAAGAGGGAGAAGGGGCGAUAUAGACGCCUGCGCUUGAAUAAAAAUGAGGCUGAAGAGACACUCUCUCUCCCUCCCCAGCCCCCUCCCCGUCAGCUCUCCUCCUUGUGUAUGCAGAUAUCCGUUGCCUUUGCACUCCUCUUCAAUCCUCUCAUGUCUAUCUCUCAGAGCCACCACUCUGAGUUCUGCUUUAAUCUACAUUUCAACCUUCUACUUUCACUCACUGUUGAAGCUCGCGGCCGGGGAAGACAAGAGCAUCAAACGCCGUCAAGUUUUGUCUGUUUGUGUUUCUUUUGUUGUCACCGCGCGCAAAGAUACACGCCAGUUUCUAGUUUUAACACACACACAAAAACACAGUGUUCUCUCCGAGUUUUGACAGUUUGGUCUAGAAAACACUAAACGCCUCUAAGCAGUGUUAGUUUUCCGAAUGCUCUCACACCAAAGUGUUCCAUUCCAGUCUUCCCUUAUUUUUGGAAGAAUAUCAUUAAUUUUGUCUUAUUUAUUUAUGUGUUAUUUAUUCAUUUGUUUGUGUAUUUUUUUAUUUAUUAAUUGAUUGUAUCGCCUGACACAAGUAAGAAUGAGCACCAGUUAGCUAGUAAUACAUUUUAACAAUAAAAAAAACAACCUGUAAAAACGCUAGAAAAUGAAGGCAGGGAUUGUGUCUAACUAACACAUCCACCUUUUGGCGACCGGCUCGUCGUCUCAUCACAGCAGAUCCCAGCGCCACCAUUGGUUUUGUUUUGGACUGCGAGGUUCCUUCCGCACACUUUUUAAUGAACCGAACAGAAAAUAGUGAAAAAGACAACAAGACAGACUUGCCUGCCGUACUGUUCAGUGUGUGUGUUGUGUUUUCUGUUGAAAAAAGGAAAUUGUGUGUCAGCUUUAGUCUCUGCCUUUUUUCCAGCCUCCCUCCAUGACCGUCGGUUGGAGUUGUUCGACCACAUGGACCCCAGAGCAUCUCUCUGUCGGGCCAACAAUGUGACUGUAAUAUAAUUGUCUGUGUGCGUGUGCACACCCGUGUAUGUAGGCCUACUGUAUGUAUGCGGUAAUACAAAGUAUGUGAUGGUCAAUGUACAGUCAGCUGUUUGUAUAAUGUAAGUGUGCGAGAGUUUGUAACCAUUACCUUUCUGAACCUUACUAUUACAAUGCACUGUUUGUCAAUAAAGACAACCAAUCAAUCACAAGAGAUUGGUUUUGAUGAUCA